AUGGUAAUCAUCCAAGUCACUAUCAUCUUCAUCUUCCUCUAUCUGCUUGAGUCCUUGACAAUAAUUGCCCAGAGCAGCUUUGUUAUUGUAGUGACGGGCAGAGAGUGGAUGCAGGCCAAAAGAUUGUCACCUUUGGAAAUGAUUUUCACCAGUCUGAGCAUCUGUCGUUUCUGUCUACAAUUGCUAUCAAUGAUUUACAAUUUUUGUUCCUUUGUGAACCCUAAUGGAAUAUUCUGGAGCAUAGCACUCUGCUGGGAACUCGUCAAUAAUGCUACAAUCUGGUUAAGCAGCUUGCUUGCUGUCUUCUACUGUGUCAAAGUGUCUUCCUUCACGCAUCCCAUCUUUUUCUGGCUGAGGUGGAGAGUUUUGAGAUUGGUUCCUCAGUUGAUACUGGGUACUUUGGUGAUUUCUUUUGUAGCAACCAUCCCUUCAGCUAUUAGGGGUUUCACCUGGCUGGAAAUAACUACCAUGGCACAUUUACACAAAAACAUAAGCUUGAUGGAGAAAAUGAAGAUGGUCAACUCAGUUUAUCGCACAUCUCAGAAGAUGAUUGUGUUGUGUAUUCCCUUCUUCCUGUUCCUGGCCUCCACCAUCUUACUUACAACCUCACUGACCCAGCACUGGAAGCAGAUCCAACAGCCUCUCAGUGGCCGCUGCAGCUCCAGCAGGAAAGCUCGGUCUUCUGCCCUGAGGUCUCUUGCCAUCUUCCUCAUUUUCUUCACCUCUUACAUUCUGAGUAUACUUGUCUCUUAAGUAGGAGUCCUACUUGAUAAGAGAUCUUGGUUCUGGGCCUGGGAAGCUGUCAUCUAUGCCAAUGUUACUAUUAAUUCCACUUUGAUGAUGCUGAAUAACCCUACAAUGAAAAAGGUUCUAAAGAUAAAGUGCUGGAGCCCAGAGGCUGCCUGA